CACUAAACACGAAAUCACGUCCUGUACUGUCCUACUUACUCCGAUCCUACCGUGUCAAUGAUUUUCCUUUUGUGAUGGAAAAUGAGUUACGAUCCAGUGUUACGACACUUCAUGCUCACCUCAAGUAGGCCGUCUCAAGCUGCGCAGCAACAGCCGCUAGAUAUGGACCCGAGAUUGCCGAUAAAACUACAGGAAAACGUCGCUGAUCUUGGAGGGCUAGCCAAGCAGAUUCUUCGCGGAUCUAAAUCUAACGAGCACUUGAUGCAAGCAGCACGGAAUCUGGCUACUCAUGAAGCAAACGUUGACAAUUCAGCUCAUAAUUUAAAAAAGAUGAGUCUGAUGGUAUCACAGCUUCAAUUUCAGGCUGAAGCAAUUGAAAGAAGCUUGGAGGUCAUGGAUACGCUACAGGAUCAACUGCAAACACUCCAGAGGUGAUGCACAAUUUGCACAGAUCUGUGGUUAUUACAUCCACGGACUCACCAUGGGAAGAUUUCAGCCAGGAAUGCCAUGAGCUGUGUGCAUCAGGAGCUGGGUGUAGUGUGCUCUUCUUGGAUAAGCUGUGUUGCCACAAUAACCGGCAAAGCUUUAAACCAAAGUGUGGCUUUCUUUAAUUUGUGACUGUUAUCCUGCCAAUGACACAGGAAUUGUUUCUUAUGGACUCUGUCCACGGACAGUAGCUUGCACAAACCUCUUGCGCGUACCUGUUUCCGCACAUUUACGGUGCAUAGUACACACAACUUAUUUCAUUCUGAAUGUGCACAAAAGCCAUAGUGAGCUCCGCGUGACCGCCAGGCAUCAUCGGCAAUGCGUUCAAAUGUCCCUCCCAUUCGUCUCCCCCUACUCUCUCUUUGGACCGUUGAGGGGAUACUUGUGCAUGGAGCCCAUAUUGUUAACAUCUUAAAAGUCUAAAUUUUGGCAAAACUGGAAGCCAAUUUAUGCAUGUUGAACGUUUGGUUGUACAAGUGUAUUGUAGCUAAUCUCUGGCUUUUGUUCCCAACAACACUGCAACUCAAAGGAAAAACUUGAAGUAAAUUCAAGUAGAUGAUGAACCAAAAAUGUGUAAUCUUCCAUUGGAAUAAGUCUGAUCCUGGUUCUUAGUCACACCUGUGAUUUCAAUAGUUGCCAGCACUGAUUGGCCGCCCUCACAUUGACAAUGUAAAGACAUGACAUCAACAUGGCUAAAACACCAUCAUUAAAUGGGCAGUGCUCCAGAGGACUUCAAAUCAGAAAAUUGCUUUUAGAUGUCGAGUCUCAGACAUUCAUCUAGCAUGUGAAGGCAGAAAUGGCCUCUAUGUGAGUUAGAUACCACUAGAAUCUUGUGUGCAGUAAAUAUGUGCUUAUUUCUAAUACUGAAAGUUCCACCUUUAUGCUAAUAACAUUGUUAAAGGUAAUAAGAAAUAUAUUAUAAAUAACCAAUAUUAUAAUGCACCAGUAUCCAUCAGAAUGUGAUGUUCAGGGUGCAAUACAAAGCAGAACAAAUCACAAAGUAACUUAGAUAGAACAUCAAGGCCAGAGGACAAUAAACACAAAAUGCAAAUGGACAAAUUAUAGUUUGUGUUUUAUUUGCAGAAAUUUCACUUCCACUUUUUAUUUCAUUAAAAAAGUUACCUUAGAGGAGUUUGUUUAUUUUACAUUUAUAACAAUUGUAAAAAAUAGAAUGACAAGAAAGUAACCAAACAAAUUGUAUUCUAAUUGUUUCUAAAUUGUGGAUGAGGAGCAACUGCAUUAAGAACAAAAACAAUUAAACUAAAUGACAAACUCUGCAGUACCUCUAAAUGUAGGGCAAAACCAGUGUGUAAUCUGCCAGUACAGAAACAAGCAUUCAGCACAACAUUGGUUUUAUACCAUGUAUACAGUAGAGUGUCAUACACUUGACAUAACUACAUUAAAAGAAAUGAAAUAGCAAAGACUUGUUCAUUUUUUUGUUAUUCAGUUUUAUCAGCAUUUUAGUACUGUUAGUUUCUCCAAAUAAAAAAUUAUUCUUUUAUAUGUAAAGCUUCAAAAACAAACUCGCAUUGAAUUGUUUUUACUCAAAUUAACCACUGUUUGCUCAAAUCUACAUGUAUAUGAAAUCAAACUGAAAAUUAGGACAAUGAAACAGAGCGAAUUUUUUAUGUGGAAUAAUUUUUUUAAUAGAUGAUCUUCAUGUAGGUCUGACAAAGAGAAAGUAGAAAUACAUUUAAAAGGCAGUAAAAUAAAUCCUUGCCACCUGUGCAUGGACAAGAGCAUCAAAAUCAUGGAAGCCGAUGUAUUUCAAAUUGGGUGGGAGAGGGAAAAUAGGGAUUCAUUAAAGUUAAAGAGAGAAACAAAACAGUCCACUGCCAUGGCUGUUGGCUAUAGACAUUGGGCCAAAUGAACUAUACAUUCUGCGAAAGGUAG